AGCUGUCGGGCGCGGAGUUACGGCGCGCGCAGACCCGGGUGAAAGUUGCUAGUGUGUUGAGGAGCUGUUGUGCGCAGCAUGAGGAUGCAGGCCGCCCUGGCGGUGCUCGCCAUUGGCGCUUGCUUGGCCCCAGCUCUGGGCCAAGCGCGGUAUUUCGGCAAGGAUCUGGGCGCUCUCUCCGAGCUACACCACGGCGUGAAGGGUCGGGUGUACGCCGUCGAUUCGAGGACGCUUUUUAUUAAGGAUCUGCAUUAUGAUGGAGAAGGCCCAGCCGCUUACUUCUACGUGGGUUCCUCCAAGUCCCCGUCCGCGUCUGGCGGGCUCCGCUUGCGGGACGAGCGCGGCGGGACCGGCCCGCUGCGGCGGUACCGCGGGGAGGGCGUCACCCUCUCCCUGCCCGACGGGAAGACCUUAAAGGAUGUCAAGUGGUUCUCUAUCUGGUGUGAUGAGUUCUCGGUGAACUUCGGAGACGUGUCGAUCCCCCGGGAGCUGGACUUCCCGAAGCCGGCCAAGGUGGGGGCGCUGCGCGGCGUGCACGGGGUGUCCUCCGACCCCGUCGUGGUGGUGGACGCCCAGACAUUGUUGGUGCCCAAUUUUUCCUAUGAUGGAGAGGCGCCAGACGCCAAGUUCUGGGUGGGUCGCGGGGACAAGCCGUCGCCGCAGGGCAUCCGCAUCCCCGACGAGAACGGCAAGGAGGCGCCGCUCAGGAAGUACGACAGGAAGACCAUCGUGCUCACCCUGCCUGGGGAGCUGACGGUGUUCGACAUCGGGCACUUCGCGGUGUGGUGCGAGGCGUUCACCGUCAACUUCGGGCACGUCACCCUGCCCAGGAACCAGCUCGCCAACGUCCCGCCGAGCCUGAAGAUGCUGGGCGUCUCCCCACAGUCGAAGCUGAACUGCGAGGUUCUCCACGACGAGCUGGCGUUCGAAGUGCGCUGGGCGGUCGCCGGGGACAGCAUCGUACUACAGCUCGUGGGGAAACUUGAGGACGGCGAAUACAUGUCAUUCGGCAUCUCCGGCGACCCAUCGCACUCUCAGAUGGUAGGCGGCGACGUGGCAGUCGCGUGGGUAGACAAGGCCACCCUGAAGGGGUACGCUGUGGACUACUAUCUGGACGCCAAGAGCCAGUGCGCGGGGGUGCGCGGCUCCUGCCCGGAUGAACGGCUUGGAGAGAAGACAAAUUCCAUUCGCCUGCUCAACGCUGCUCUUGUGAACGGGUAUUCCAUAGUGACGUACCAGCGGAGCUUGAGGGCGGCGGACGAGCUGGACCGGCCGGUGCUCACUAACGGCAGCCAGCCCGUGAUCUGGGCGCUCGGCCCGCUGAACUCCAGGAAUGAGGUGUCUUACCACCAUCACUUUACCAAGGGCGACAAGUUCAUAGAGUUCGGUCGCGCGCCCGUGUGGAACUGCCCGAUGCCUGAGAACGAGGACGAGGAGAAACACGAGCCCCCUCGCCGGGAACAACAUGUACCUUCGCGACAGCAGGAGGAAAAUAAGGCAGUAAUAAAACCAAACCCAGUACCGACCCCGCGACCGGUGCCGCGCGUGCAGCCGUGGGACAUCCCCGCCAUCCAGUGCUUCGAGCCGCCGGAUGGCGUGUUCUACGCGCAGAUGGGACCUACUGGCGGGAAGCAGGGGUAUUCUGCUAUCACGGGUCACGUAGGCUGGGGCAUCUCCUGGUACAUCAACGGGCUUCUGAUACCCGAAAUCUACGUUGUCCGUGGGAAGAAGUACACCUUCGUUGUAGAAGGCGGCUCCAAUCCUGAGGUGCCCGCGAGAUAUCAUCCCUUCUACAUCACCAACGACCCAGUGGGAGGAUAUCUGCAUAGAAACGAGGAGGAGAGAAAGGGAAUCGAAAUCUACGCCGGCGUCCGUCGUUCCCGCAGCGGAGAUUUCAUCCCGACUGGCGUGGGCCGGCUCUGCAACUGGACCCCCGACCCUAACGGCCCCGAGGCCGACGAGUACCCCAGCUUUGGGGCCUACCAGCGGUCGCUGACGCUGGAGUGCGAGCAGGGCAACCCGGGCAUCGUCACCUGGACCCCGGACCGGGACACUCCCGACACUGUUUACUAUCAGUGCUUCACCCACCGACAUCUCGGGUGGAAGAUAAAUGUUAUCGAUGAGUGUGACGCGUCAGAAGCCGAAGAGAGCCGCGUUGUCGAGCACGUAGUGCCGGCCGAUCUCACAGAAGAGGAAUCAGUUCAGGUACAUAGCCGCGUCCGUCCUGAUUCUAACUUUUUAGAUCAGCGCAAUAAAGUUGAGAAAAUAAUCAAUACGAAAACGAAUUAUAACGAUUUCAGUACUAGUAAGGGUGAGGUUCCCACGGGGAGUGUCCGGGAGCCCGUGAGGAGCUCGCACCGCCCCGCGCUGGAGUAUGAAUUGCCCGUAACCACAGGACAAAUCGAAGACGUGAUACAAGCUGUUGAAAGUAUUGAGAAUAUGAUGAAGGACGAAAUGCGCAGGAACUUAACUCAACCGCCAAAAUUCACACAAUAUCAAGUUCAUGAGGAUGUCAAAGACAUUUUCUUACCAGAGCAACCUUUCCGCGAAGAUGACGAAUACAUUGUAGAAUCGACGAAACGACCAGAUUUCAAUCUAUCCCCUAAUCAACCACCGCUAACUCUGCAGACCGUUUUACGUCCUAACGGGCCACACAAACAAAUGGGUCCUGUAAGACCUCCAUUUAGGCGACCUGUUCCACCUGAAAUAAAAGUACGGAGACCGAACUACCCAAAAGGCAACGGGGGCUAUCCGUUGCAAAUGCCGAAUUUACACGGGCCGAAUGGAAUGCAAAAGAAACCACUAACACCGAAGCAUCCGAGUAAUCAUCCAAACUACAGGCCACCAAACAAUAUGAAUCGUCCGCUACCACCAGGGAUUCCUCCAAUGAAAGCUAUGCCACCACUAAUGCAUCAUAACAAACCGGUUUUCAAUCAACAUGUGAAGACAGGCCCAGUCAAGGCUAACGGUGCUCCAAUCCAUUCCAUAAUAUUGGGUAAACCCGGUCCAAGUACCAUAAUACAACCUAGUCAAAGUCACGAAUUUAUGAAAACAAAUGUGAUUGCCAAUCAAAUUGUCAAAAGUCAAAUAAGCUUACCUAGUUCAAAUGAACCCGUGAUAGCACAUAGCAGUCCAUCUUCUUUCUUAAACAAACCAGGUCAAAUUAUUCUAGGCAAACCUAUGGACUACCCUCAGCCAUUAGAUCAACAAAUGAUCCAAUCCAACUACCAAAACUAUCAAGCAUCUUCAACGGCUUCACCAGAUCAAUCUUAUUUGAAUAAUUUUAGACUUGAAGCUGAAAGCGCGCAACAACCACAAAAUGAAGUUAAAUCCUCAGACUUCAUAGGAGAAUCUGUGCCAGAUACAUCUUCUUUGAAACCCGCUGUAAAUACUGGGUUCCAACCAGAUACUAUUGUUAUAGAGAGUGGCUUCAAGCCAAUCAUCAGAGAACCGUUAAUGGCCGGAGAAGAUAGGAUCGCUGAUCCUGAUGAGAAUGCAAACAGACGAGAAGAUACUGAUGUUGAGGAAGAAUAUGAUCUAUCGCCCCAAUUGUUAAAUCAUCAAUAUACCCCACUUCCAAGUGAUAAAUUGACUGAAACGUUCGAGCCAAUGUUCAUACCAUCUCCGCCUGAUCACUUGUUGCCUACAAAUGAUAGGACAAAGGAAAUAUUUCCGAAAAACCAUGCUAAAGAAGACAGACCACACCCAGUUUAUGUUAAAACUCAAGAAGAGUUAGUUGAUUUGUUUAGUAAGAAAAAUAUGGACAAGGAAGUGCCUACUGAUUUGGUAAUGGCAUCAGAUAGAGUAAGUCCUCAUUAUCUUCCUCCUGACCCUAAAAUGAGCAUGCAACAUUCACAAAAAUUGUCAAUGGAAAAAGAGCCAUCAACAUUCACAACUUACGAUGGAAAGAAAAUUUCGGCUUCCACUCUGGUUACCGUUCCAAACAUAACCAAUGGCCCAAAACUGUAUUCAUCUAAACUUCCUUCAAAUACCGAGCUAUUACUGAAAACUCCACAAUUUGGUCCUUUCAAGGGUGAAAUACCUCCGUUACUAAGUAAGCCAUCUGCUUCUGAUUUAACGAAAGAUCAAAUGCCAGAUUCUCCAGAAGCUUCAGACCAUCGAUCCACACACCUCAAACUUGUUAACGUUUUCCAAGACAGCGAUGACUCUAUCGAUGACUUAAAAGAAGAUGGUAGUGAAAUUCAUGAAGUCAUUGAAGAGUUGACCAACACUGAAGAUGAUGAGGAAAAUGAAGAAGAAAAUACAAGUGAAAUUACAAAGCGGCGUAAAAGAGAUACAAGUACACAAUUCAUAGGUGAAGUUGAAGAAAAAGUAAUGACAAAUGGUCAUAGUAUAAAUGGUAGCCAGGAAAAGUCUCCCACCUCCUUCGGGAGCAGGAGUAUGUCCUGUUGGACGCACGUAGUUUUAUUAGCGUUGUGUUUAAGGCUGGUCUGAGACCGUAUAAUUUAACUUAUUUAUUGGUACGAUGUAAGCCUUGCCAUUUCCGCAUUUCGUGUGUUCUCUGUGGCUGUGGGUCUUGCGCUGAGGUUCCAGGGUUCGCUCUCACUUGUUACCACUCUUUUACGUGUGUAAUGCAAUUCAAUACUCCGAUAGU